AUGAUUGCAGGAGUGCCAACGACAGCGCCGACGACUUCCCGGUGGGUCGAUCGAUUCUCGCCAGCUGCUGGUGCAGGUCAGUUCCCCGCCCCUCUCCGCUCGGACCAAUCCGUUCCCUUUGCCGGUAACUUCUCACUAACCGUCUACGGUGGUGUCACCACUUGUCUGUUUGCUAUCACUCAACUGAUUCAUUUACUUACAACCAUGCCACAGUACACAUUCGAGAUGGCGAUGACAUGCGAUGGUUGCGCAAACGCAGCACGACGUGUUCUUGGCAAACUCGGAGACAAGGUAACCGUCGACAAGAUCGAUGUAGGCACAAAGCAAGUGGUGGUCACCACCGACUUACCAGCCAGUGACAUAUUAGAAGCACUCAAGAAGACUGGCAAGGAAAUAAAACAAUUAUAA